CACUAUUUUCACUCUAUAAAUACCUCCUCUAAUACCCACUUCCCCACGUCCCCAUUCACUUCUUGUGUUUGCUUGAGAUCCCAAAAAGAGAGAAAAAAUGGAAAACAAUGGUGCAAAAAAUAGGCAAAACCCACCUUUGAAAUCUCACAAAUGUUCAUUUGGUGCCCAAAUUUUAUUGAGAAUUUUGGCCAUUGCAUUCACAUUGGCUGCCACUUUGCUUAUUCUCAACAGCCAACAGACCGCUAUUGUUUAUGGCAUUGAAAUGGAUGCACGUUAUAGUUAUUCUCCAGCUUUCAAGUUCUUUGCUAUUGCAAAUAUAAUAGGAUGUGUCUUCUCUGUAUUGUCCUUGUUUUUUGCCACUGUUGUUUGCCUUAAAAGGCUUGAUCCAAAGAAUUAUUUUUUCUUGUUCCUUCAUGAUAUGAUUAUGAUGGGAUUGCUACUGGCUGGAUGUGCAGCAGCAACAGCAAUUGGAUAUGUGGGGAAUUAUGGAGAGAGCCAUUCAGGAUGGAUGCCCAUUUGUGAUCAUGUUUCCAAAUUCUGUCACAAAGUUACAAAUAGUGUCAUUCUCUCUUACGUUGCAGUGCUCCUCUACCUCUGCCUCACUAUAAUCUCUGCAAAUCAAUCCAGAAAUAUCCAAGUUUAACACUUCAUUAACAAGUACAAACAAAAUGCUGAUUAUGUAGUGUUGUAGUUUGUUUUUGCUUUUGGUGUAGUCAUUACUUGCUUCUAGUUGCUACCUACUUUAAAUAUGUACAGAAUUAUAUUAUGCAUAGUUUCUGUUUUGUAACUUCCUUGUACUUUGUACAUUUAUUGAAUUUUCUGUGUGUUGGAUAGUUUUGAAUAUAAAAGGGAUUGGGGACA